AAUCUACACAACUAACACAUUUUUUCAUAUUUUUUUUUCAGUUUAUCGAUGUACGUCCUUUUUCCUUGCCAGAACUUGAUGAACUUAUCUACUGGGGAACAAAAUAGCCUAAAAUACCUGUUUAAGGAAGCAAUAAUACGACUUGUUCCAAAACUCUCCGCGCUAAACAUUGAUAAUUUACAACUACAAAAGGAUGGAAUUAAAUUCAAAUUGUAUGGAACUACCUCAAACAGUGACCUGAAGACAUUGCAAGAAAAUAUCCAACGCUUGGUUAAACAAGGCAAAAUUGUACUUGAACCUGAUAUAGACUUACCUGAGAUUUACUCUGCCAGGAGUACCGAGCACUUUACAGAUCUCCAUAUUUUAUUAACCUUGGACCAAGCUCUGCCACAGGCCUCACAAGAAAUGAGCGCAAACAUAGAGACUCAGUUGCAGUCUAUUCUGGUUACAUUGUUGGGCAGGUCACACGUCAGCAGAAUCCGUCGCUUCAAGCUCUACAAUGAGACGUCUGUACAGUUGUCCUUGAGCAACGAGGGUGAAAUCGACAGGUAUCCAAUCCAGAACUUGACAGAGAGACUUGAAGCAGCGGUGACAAUUGGACAAGUCUUUUUUAACGCUCCUUUUGUUCCUGGAGAAGCUGCUUCAGAGAAAAUUCUUGUUACAAAAAUGUUUGCUCUUGCUGGGUUUGAUUUUCUGUGUGAUCCAUUCACACCUACACCGCAGACCACUCAACAAGUUUACAGCAGCACAGAGUGGAGUACAACCACCUCUCCUACGUACACUGAAAAGGAAAGGGAAAAUAAACAAGGUCUUACUCCAGUGGAGAUAGCAGUAGUCGUGACAGCAUCUGUUCUCACUGCCUCUUCCUGUCCCUGUAUUUUAUUUAUAAUGUUGACAAAGAGAAGGAAUAGGACAAGGAAAGGAAAAGUGUGUCCUGAUGGAGGUCCUGACGAGGACCCACCGUCUGAAUUAUCAGACCUGUCAGAAAUAGACGCAGAUAUGAACAUUACUGUUAAUCGAACUUAUUGUACUCAUGAGCCAAUUACGAGGAUUCAGCUGACGCCAAGGGAAGCUUGGGCCAGAGCAAAGCAACUUACUAUUCCAGCGCCAAAAAAUAUUCCAGAAGGAGCGUGGUUUUGACUUCUCGUUGCAGCUGGUUAGGUACCACGAUGGAGGUCUAAUCAAACACGCGCAGUAUUCAGAUCAAUAAACAGCCACGUGAUUUGGAAUUCACACGUACAUACGUUUAGGUGCAAGUUUGUUACAUGUUCCUCAGUUUAUGAUGUUGUCGUUUGCCAAUGAAUUUCGUUAGAGAAUUCUUCUUUCCAUUCUGAUUGCAAAAUUUUACUAGUUGAGCCUACUAAAACUCAAAGCAUGCUUACAAAACAGGAGCAGAAGAAUUGGAUUGCAAGGACAGCAACGACACAAGGCGGCU